UAAAUCGACGCAUUUGUGCUAUUCGUCCUUAUGAGAGGGAGUAAUGAACAUAACGUUUUAUUGACUGUGUUGAGCACCGACUUGGUUGGAAAAAAUGUCCCGACGAUUUUGUAGAAACGAGGAAAACAGGAAUAGGUUGGAACCAUGGCGCUUUGUUGUACUAUUUUCAUGUUCAAGUUUGAGAUUUCUCCUCAUUGGGUCGUUGAAAUCGUACGGCGUCAUCAUACCAUUUCUUGCAGUUCAACUUAAGACAAGUCAUGCAACAAUAGGCUUUAUCAUCACAUCACAACUCGCAGUAACAUAUCUCAUGGCCCCGCUUUCUAACCUACUCAUCCAAAGACUGAAUGGCAGGCUGGUAGCUGUUUGUGGUAGCUUCCUGUCUGGGUUAGCUCUGGUAGCUACAGCAGUUGCGAAAACAGCUUGGACCAUGGGACUUUGCAUGCUCAUAUCAGGUUGUUGCUAUUCUGUAAUAACGGAUUAUAUCGUCAUCGUUUUGAAACAACAUUUCAAGAACUCCUUUGGUUUCGCGAAUACCAUAACGUACGCUGGGUCUGUUAUAGGAUCUCUGCUUUUGCCCAUUUUGACAAUGGAACUUUACGUUGCGUAUGGACUAUACGGAACUUUAUGUUGCCUGGGAGCUAUCAGUUUGAAUAAUGUUCCACUAUCCAUGCUAAUGAGGCAACCGAAAACAGCAGAGCCGUCUGGAACGGGAAGCUUGCAAGAAAGAGAAAAGACAAGAUCGGGUUCAAUGUGCGCGGACACGUCCCUACUACCAAGCUCCCGUGGAAAUGAAGGAGAUUCGUGGAAACAUCCGAAGUCGAACGUUUUAUCUUCAAGUCUAAUCGGUGAACCAACGGCAAAAUACAAGUCAGGCAAUACUCAUUCAAAUCUGCGAUCAGCUCCUGGAAGCGUGGGUCGUUCUACAACAUCUGAGACUCUGCAUUUCAAUGCGAAUAACAGACCAUCUACGUCUUACGGAAGUGAAUCGAGAAAUGGUGAGAUUGCCGAUACUUGUUUACGAAACAUCAAGCAGCCUCAUGCUUGUGAGGAGAUGACCGAGGACGAAUCGUCGUCAAUCGAAGAUGAUGACGGAGAGCACUUGGCAUUGCUGAACUCGCCAAAAGACACGUCGAGUACUAAACGUGGCGAUAUUGACAGCAACGUAAAUCAAAGACACAUCGAGACAAAUGGCCGUUGCCAAAGACUCGUGAAGUAUAUUCUUGAAUUUUUCCUCGAGACCAUAUCGUACGAAUCCAUAAAGGCGGAGCUGCCAUUUAGCCUCACUAUCCUACCUUCUCGAAUGCUCCUGGACUUAACUUUUAUUGGUUGGCUAAUCUUCAUUGUAUCCUACGCGAUCUCUGUAGGCGUCCAUGCAUCCCAGGCAGUGUAUCUUCCAGUUGCAGCAUCUGCUGGAGGACUGGCAGGUCGGAUCGGCACCGGGUUCCUUGUACUGUGGCGACCGCACUGGAGUCCAGCGGUUUACGCUUCGCUGACGAUGCUGUCGGCAUUGGCGCUCUUCGCCUACACCAUCGAUUCUUCGCUCAUCAAUUUGCUGUUUUGUUCAAUUCUAGCAGGAUUUGGAUUAUUUGGUGCUACGGCAAUGUAUUACGCAAUGUUGGCUGAAAUGGUUGAUGAGAACCAUUUUGCGGGCCUUGUCGCUUUGUCGUAUUUCUUUACCGGUAUAGGAAACUUUCUUUCUGGCCCAGUCACAGGGCUGAUGUUUGAUAUCACAGGAAGUUUCCCCUUCGCCUUUCGGAUUUUGGGGUCCAUCAUGGCUAUUUUGAGUACCAUCACGUUCAUGUACCUUUACUAUGACUACUGUCGUGCUAAAAGCCAACAGCACCAAAGUCGUUAAUUGAAUUAUUAAGACAAAAAUGAGUAGAGCUGAUAUAUAAUACUUACAGAUCUGGGUCGACGUAAUUCCUGCGAGCUAUCCCCCCAGUGACAACGACGAUGAUGGCUGGUAAUCCUGUUGGAUAUAAAAAAAGUGGAAAAUGUUUCUAUUAGAAUUAUCAUGGAUGUAUCCCAGAAAUAAAGGUGGGUAUGAAAACAAAGAAAACAAAAUACAAACGCGGCAUAAAGAUAAUGGAAGACGUGAAAAGGGGGCUUAAACGAAUGUCCUCCCCUUACAUUACAAUCACUAUCAUUGUUGAUCAUCAAUAUCAGACAUUUCAUUAUUUGAUAGAAGUAACAUUAUGAACAAUAUUGUCCCAUAAUCUAUUUAGGAUUUCAAUUAUCAAUAUAUUGAUCUUCACCUAUUCACCAAGAUGGCCAGCAUCGUCCAUUCUAAU